AUGGAGGAAUCAGGAUCAGUACCCGCAAGACAGGUGGUCUACUGUGGAGUUUGCACAUUGCCCCCAGAGUACUGUGAAUUUGGGGGUACUGCCAAGAAGUGUGAAGAAUGGCUCAAGGAUAACGAGUCGGGCCUAUGGGAUAAGCUAUAUUCCGAAGAUGCUUUGAACGCCAACCUCUCUACCCUGUCUGUCUCAGCGCAAGAGCGUGCUGCCAAGGAUGCCGCCAAGAAGGAAGCCAAAGCUGCGGCAAACGAGGCACGAGAUAGCGAGCGCAAGGCUGCCUCCAAGGUCCUGAUUAAGCGCGUGGAACGGAACAAGCGCAAGUACGUCACGGUGGUCAUCGGUCUGGAGGUGUUUGGUCUGGAGAACAAGAAGAUUGCAAAGGAUUUGGGCAAGAAGUUUGCCACUGGGUCCUCGGUGACCCGGUCGCCAGCAGGCAUUGAGGAGAUUACCGUCCAAGGAGAUGUCAGUGACGACCUUUCCGACUGGCUACUCGAGGUGCACGGAAAUAAGAUUCCCGAGGCCAACAUCGAGUUCAUCGAGGACAAGAAGAAGAAGAAGAAGAGCGAAGCGGCCAUGCCGUAA